GAAGGAGCAGAGCGGAACCGCAGAGAAAACAUCUGGAUUAUUUCCCCCGCAGAACAGCUGAGAUAUAAACCGCAGAGCUGAAGAUAGUUCGGCAGAGCUUUCUGGAGACUGCGCAGAGAGCAGAUCAUCUCCGGCUGGUUCACACAACCUCCACGCUCUUCUCUGAAAAUAAAAGACAGCAGCACGCGCGCCUGAAGCCUCCCCGAGAGUCCCCCUCCGCGCGUCUCCCGCAGACCGGUGUCCGCACCGGCUGACCUCCAUGUAUAAGAUGGAUUACUCCUACCUGAACUCCUAUGACUCCUGCAUGGCGGCCAUGGAAGCGUCGGCCUACGCGGACUUCAGCUCCUGCAGCCAGGCCAGCUCCUUCCAGUACAACCCGAUCCGGAGCGGACCUUUCUCCAACCCGGGCUGCACUCCGCUCAGCACGGCCAGCUGCACGCUGGGAGCCCUGAGAGAGCACCAGCCCACACCCUACUCCUCAGUCCCUUACAAGUUUUUCUCGGACCCCUCUGGGCUGAACGAGAAGCGGAAGCAGCGGCGCAUCCGGACCACCUUCACCAGCUCCCAGCUGAAGGAGCUGGAGCGAGUCUUCGCCGAGACGCACUACCCGGACAUCUACACCCGGGAGGAGCUCGCGCUGAAGAUAGACUUGACCGAGGCACGAGUACAGGUGUGGUUUCAGAACCGACGCGCCAAAUUCCGUAAGCAGGAGCGUGCAGCCAACGCCAAAGCCAACAGCUCUGGUGGCACCACGGGCAACAACACCAGCAGCAGCUCCGGAGGGAAAAAAAGUGGGGAGGCCAGAUCUUCAUCAGACGAUGACGAGUCCAAGGAGUCCACCUGCAGCCCCACGCCCGACAGCACGGCCUCCCUGCCGGGCUCGGCCAACGGGAACCUGGGCAGCCCGGCCAGCCUGAGCCCCAGCCCGGCUCCCGCCAACAGCGGCUACGCCAACACCUCCAACUCCCCGGUCCUGCAGGGGCUGAAGCCCCCCAGCUGGUCCAGCCUGGGGCCGUCCAACCCGGCCAUCGCCCAGCCCGCCGCCCAGACGCAGGAGAUCCUGAAGGCCUGGCAGCCCGCAGACAGUAUGACUGGGCCUUUCGCUGGAGUCCUGUCGUCCUUCCACAGAAAACCCAACCCCGCCAUCAAGACGAAUCUGUUCUGAAGCACAGGGGGGCAACGGAAGUGAGGGACACACUGGAACAGAGAGGAGCUUUUAGCUUUUGUGGAAAGACUUGCCCGCUGUAACGCUGUAUUCACAGGGGUAGGGUGCUGUAGGGCGGCCCCAACGUCGAUUCUCUAAACAAACUGAGCGAUCAAACUGUUUUAAAGCUCAGAUCGUGAAAUCACAGGCGUCUUCACCAUCUUUCCACCCCAGAAAUAUUAUGCAACUGUGCACGCUAUUCCCACAAGACCUGCCCUGGAUGGCGGCAGCUUCCUACCUGCCGCAAACCUUUCCACCUGCCCUCGCUCUCUGACCAGAGCUGAUCG